AUGUCGGUGAAGGGCCUUCGGGGGGUUGGCAAGGGUAUUGGCGAGAUUCCGAUUGUUUCCCUGACCAUGCUCAUGUGCGUUUGUUCCGUGGAGCGCCUGGCAAACGACCGCGGAAGUCGGGUCACCUUCGUUGAUGCUUUUAUGCAGCCACACUUGUCUGUGUACAGCCAGAAGUUGGACAUGCUGGACGCGUUCCGUAAGGGGUGUCGUGUGGUGAGAAUCACCGUGUGGGACCCAAAACAGCGCUCUGUGGCCAGACCUCGUUUCCAAGUUGGUGGCGUGUGCGAGUUGAAGAAGAUUCACGGCCUCAAAUUCUACCACGACCAUCUGCAAGGCAGCGUGCAGGCGUUGGGACUGACUAACCCAGGGCUGAUUGAGGAGUAUCAAGACUUUGAGACUGCGCUGCGUGCGCGCGCGGAACACCAAUCCAAUGAAGAAGCCGAAGCGUUGAUGCCGUGA